GCGCGAGCCGGUCCCGCGCGGCGCCAACCCUUUCCCGGGUCAUCGCCCCUCCUCUCUUCCGGGCCGCGAGCCCCCCGCGCGUCGCCUCAAGGCUGCGCUCGCUCGCGCGCGCGCGCUCUCCUGUCCGCCCGCCCUCUCAGCGCGCGCUCGGCCGCCCGACGACGCGGGAGCCACACGCUCCGGACUAGGCUAGCUGCGCUCGCUACCGCCGAGCGCCGGCCCGCUGAGGCGGCGCCCUCGGUUCCCCGCCCGGAGACGGUCAGGGUCGCCAAAUCUGCGGCCCCAGGGCGGCGGCGGGAAAGAUGAAGAACGAAAUUGCUGCUGUUGUCUUCUUUUUCACAAGGCUAGUUCGAAAACAUGAUAAGUUGAAAAAAGAGGCAGUUGAGAGGUUUGCUGAGAAAUUGACUCUUAUACUUCAAGAAAAAUAUAAAAAUCACUGGUAUCCAGAAAAACCAUCAAAAGGACAGGCCUACAGAUGCAUUCGUGUCAAUAAGUUUCAGAGAGUUGAUCCUGAUGUCCUGAAAGCCUGUGAGAACAGCUGCAUCUUGUACAGUGAUCUAGGCUUGCCAAAGGAACUCACUCUGUGGGUGGAUCCAUGUGAGGUGUGCUGUCGGUAUGGAGAGAAAAACAAUGCAUUCAUUGUUGCCAGCUUUGAAAAUGAGGAUGAGAACAAGGAUGAAAUCUCCAAGAAAGUUACUAGGGCCCUUGAUAAAGUUACCUCUGAUUAUCAUUCAGGAUCCUCUUCUUCAGAUGAAGAAACAAGUAAGGAAGUAGAAGUGAAACCCAAUUCGGUGACUACAACCCCAAGUCCUGUGUACCAGAUUUCAGAAUUGAUAUUCCCACCUCUUCCAAUGUGGCACCCUUUGCCCAGAAAAAAGCCAGGAAUGUACCGAGGGAAUGGCCAUCAGAAUCACUACCCUCCUCCUAUUCCAUUUGGUUAUCCAAAUCAGGGAAGAAAGAAUAAACCGUAUCGCCCAAUUCCAGUAACAUGGGUACCUCCUCCUGGAAUGCAUUGUGACCGGAAUCACUGGAUUAAUCCUCACAUGUUAGCACCUCACUAGCUGCUUUUGAUUCUGUUGGUGUCAGUGUUGAGAGAAGGUAGAAUAAGCUUGACCACAUAUUAAAAGUUCAUAUUCAUAUAGUAGUAAAGUUAGAUGGGCCAAACCGUCAAACUUAUUUUUAUAGAAAAGUUAUUGAUAAUAAUCUUUCUUAAAAAAAUAUAUAUGCACUUUAGAUAUAUUGAUAUAGUUUGAGAAACUUUAUUAAAGUUAGUCAAGUGCCUGAGUUUUUAAUAUUGGACUUGAGUAUUUAUAUAUUGUGCAUCAACUCUGUUGGAUAUGAGAACACUGUAGCAGCAGACGAUCUGUUCUAGCACCUUUGAGCAUUUAUGGAGAAUAUGUAAGUUAUUUAUACACAAGGAAAUCUAUUUUAUGUCAUUGUUUAGAAGAAUUGCGUGAAAUCAUGUAGUUGCAAAUAAAAAGUAGUUUGAGGCA